AUGUGGCCAUUUGUAUUGUUAUUCGUGCUGGAAGCAGUCGUUAUUGCGACAGCAAAUUCUGCAACCAUCGUCAUUUUCACGAGAACCAAGCGUCUCCAAAUGAAACAGUACAUUAUGAUUAUCAGCCAGUCUGUAGCUGAUCUCUUCGUUGGCAUCGUGUCUGUCCCCAUGUUUAUUGUUUGGWYGUUAGUCCAGGAAGACGAGGCAUAUUCAACGUUAAUUACAMAUAUUUUCUACAUGGAAGAGAGUUUCUUUGGUGGGGCUUCCUUAUUUGGUUUGGCAGCGUUGGCCAUUGAACGUGCACAUGCAACAUACUUUCCAUUCAGACACUCCACAUUAGGUAAAGGACCGUACAUCAUUGGGAUAGGCUCUAUGUGGACUCCUCCAUUCAUCGCGAUCAUUUCAAGGAUAUUUAUAGAGAAAAGAGUGUUUGAAAUUGUGGUUAUGUCAUUUAUUGGAUUUUCACUUGUGAUMAUUUGUGCUGCAUAYWCUCUCAUUGCAUUGAAAGUUCGUUGCACURCGUCUCGAACCASUUAUGAUGUARCUAUCCAAGAAAACAAGAAACUAACUGUCACUCUUGCUGUUGUAACCAUUCUGAGCCUUGUAAUGUGGCUGCCUUUCCAAUUUCUUGCAGGUGUUGGUUUUAAWGUUUCUCUGUCUGUUCUUUAUUCUGUGAAAUUCUUCCAAUAUGGCAACUCACUCAUUAAUUCUGUUAUCUACGCAUUUCGUAUGCGUGAAGUCAAAAGAGAAAUCUUUCGAGUAUUUCAGUGUUGCCGUGACAACCAAAUCUCAAUAAACAACUAA